UAGGCUAGUUUACUUUGUGACAGCUUCAGAUGAGGAGGAAUAUUGAAGAGAAUAAUUACCCAAGUUGGCACCUUACACUGUAGCAGUGUUAUACAAAUUGGGUUUUCUCUAUAAUUGCAGUUCUUGAAAUUUUCGUGAAAAAAAUGGAGUUUUUGGAUGAUUCGAGCUUCAAAGUAUCAGCAGAGAUGGAGGAAUUGCUUUGUGAGAGACUCUUGGAUCAGAAUCAACCUAUUUCUGAGCGUUUUAGAGCUCUUUUCUCUCUCCGUAAUCUUAAGGGGCCUGUGCCCAGAAAGGCCCUUAUUCAAGCAACAAGGGAUCCCUCAAAUCUACUGGCACACGAGGCUGCAUUUGCCCUGGGACAAAUGCAAGAUGUUGAAGCUAUCCCUGCUCUGGAAAAUGUUCUUAAUGAUAUGUCAUUGCAUCCUAUUGUGCGCCAUGAGGCUGCUGAAGCUCUUGGUGCUAUUGGUUUGCGGAGUAACAUUCCACUCCUAAAGAACAGUUUGGAUAGAGAUCCAGCUCAAGAAGUCAGGGAGACAUGUGAACUGGCUCUUAGUCGGAUUGAGGAAUUGCCAAAUGGUAGUGAAAAUGUUGAUUCAUCUGCAACUGGUGCAUCACCCUUUCUCUCAGUUGACCCAGCUGCUCCUUCUGGUUCUCCUGUACACCAAUUACGGGAAGUUCUUUUAAACGAAGACAAGAAAAUGUAUGAGCGGUAUUCAGCUCUUUUUGGGCUUCGAAAUAAUGGUGGAAAUGAAGCCAUUUCUGCUAUUGUCAAAUCUCUAGGUGCAAACAGUGCUCUUCUUCGACAUGAGGUCGCCUAUGUCUUGGGCCAACUACAAAAUAAAACUGCUACAGAUGCACUCUCCGGUGUACUGAAGGAUGUUCAUGAGCAUCCAAUGGUUAGACAUGAAGCAGCUGAAGCUCUUGGUUCUAUAGCAGAUGGCCAAUGUAUAGCUCUUUUAGAGGAAUUUGUACAAGAUCCAGAGCCUAUUGUUUCACAGAGCUGUGAAGUUGCUCUCAGCAUGCUUGAGUUCGAAAAAGCGGGAAAAACCUUUGAGUAUCUCUUCAUGCAGACACCUAAAGUACCGCAAGCUUGAUAUUGAUUAGCUUAACUGGUUUAUAUGGUUAUUUCACCUGCCAUUCUAUCGAGGGAUGUUCUGUACUGAUUGGUGCACAGUAUCUCUGCCUCUAACGAAUCAUUGGUUUGAUGAUAUUUUCUUCAUGUUGUUUAGAAUAUUAUACGGGUUCACAUUAUAGUAUGGUUGAUAUUAAGAAAAGAAUAUUGGCUUCAAUAUAUCUCCAGAGGUUCUCUCUUUGAUAUAUAUCUUUUUUCUUUUCAUAUUUUCAUACAAGGCAUUCGUGCUAGAUUGUGUUUAAGUUUGGAUAUAGUUUGUUAUUCAGUUGCAGAGCUUUUAUGGCUUUGAUACAGUUAUAUACAUAAAAGUGUAUGCAGAUCACUAAUUUUUUUUA